AUGAAAGUCCUUGUGGCAUUUCUGGUGGUACUGGCCGUCUUGGGCACACAGUCUCAUGGAUAUGAUGUUUUUAACAUCAUCAGUCCAACCAACAAUGGCAAUGUUCAGGAAACAAUGACAAUUGAUAAUGAAAAAAAUAUCGCGGUGGUUAACAUCCAUGCAGGAUCCUGCUCUUCUACUACAAUUUUUGAUUAUAAGCACGGCUACAUUGCAACCAGGAUGCUCUCACGAAGAGCCUGCUACAUCAUGAAAUUGGACCAUAAACGCAUCCCUGCCCUGGACCAACUCAAACGCUACAUCUACGAGAGGAAGGCUCUGAAAAACUUUUUCUCUGACAAAUACACCUGGGUCAAGUACAACCCUCUACAGUCUUUCAUCGCAAAAGUAGACUGGUUCCUCUUUGGAUCUCCCAUUAAACAGCUAUGCAAGGAUAUCCCUCUAUACAAGGGAGAAGUGGUUGAAAAACCAAUGUCACAUAAACCUGGUGCUGGAGGUUGUGCAAAGGCUGGGGUUCUGGGCAUCCUUGGAAUUUCCAUCUGUGCAGACAUUCACAUAUAG